AUGGCGAAAAAAUCACUUGCAGAGAAGUUCGCAGAGUCUGACCAGCCUCCUGACUUUGAUAUUGAAAACGAAGACCUGAAUCCGUUUGCUCGUAUAGACGAGGAAGACUUCCUGGCUUCAGAUGAGUCUGAUGAGGAGCUCAAGAAGGGCCAUUAUGUUUCGGUAGGCAAGUCGAAACUCAGAGACCAGAACGGUUCUUUGGUCAAGGGAGAGAAGUAUAAGGGCGCUUUGGCGUCUAGAAAGGAUCUUUACGAGGAUAGUGAUGGGGAGGAGCCAAGUGACAGUGGACUGGACGAGGCAGAUGAAGACGAUGAGGAACAGGAAGAAGAAGAGAAUGAUAGUGACUCUGGAGCUUCUCUUCGAGCUAACAGUGAUGAAGAGUCAAGUGAUGAGGGCAGUGAUGAGGGAAGUGACGAAGAGAAGGGCUCAGAAGACGAGGAGGAUGCAGAUGUCAAGAGAGAGAAGAUCAGAGCGAUGAUGACUAAAGAGAGAAAGCAUAUUGUUAAUAGACUCUCUGAGGCAGCUACUCAGGAGGCUCUCAAGGGUUACUCGAUCUUACAACAGCAUAAGCUCUUUGACUCGCUAAUAGACGUUAGGUUGAAGGUACAGAAAGGUUUGACGGAUUCUAACCUUUUGCCUGGUAACCACGAAACCCUUGAAAAGGAAGAGCUUGGAAAUGAUUCUACUGAAGAUAUACUAGAAAAAGCAUCGGAGAAGUGUUACUCGUUGCUAGAUUCCAUUUUACAGUUACGGUCCAGGUUAUAUGUCAAGGAGAACGUUGUGGUUGAGCCUGUUGAGCAUAAACCCAAGAAACGUUCUUUGGAGCUGUACCUUGAAGCUUCGUCCAAGUACGAUACUAUUCUUAAUGACUACAGAAGCAAUGUUCUUACGAAAUGGCUGGCUAAGAUCCAGAACUCUUCUGGUUCCAGCGCCAUGAACGCCAGCAAGUUUAAAGCACUUAACCAGUCUGCAGAGCAGCAAGUGAUGAACAAUUUGGCCGAUAUGGACCGUCUUGUCAAGAGAACCAAGCUUAAUAGAAAACAGUUGAAGCCAUUGGGCUAUGAAUUUUAUGAGGCUCUGAAGAAAGAGAAUGAAGAGCUGGGUGAUGAAGACGACGAGGAAGAUGCUGAUGUUCCUAAAGCUACCCAGAGCAGGUCGCUUAACGUUCAAGAAAUGGACCUGAUUUUCGAUGACGAAGAUUUCUACCGUGUUUUAUUAAACGAUUUGGUCGACAGAAAGAUCCAGUCUACGGAUCCAACGUCAGGUUUACAGUUUGCCAUGAGAGGAGCCGCUUCUGCCAAGGUGAAGAAAAACGUCGAUAACAAAGCAUCCAAGGGCAGAAAGUUACGGUACCACGUCCAAGAACCAAUUGCCAAUUUCGAGACUCGCCAGUCUGUGCUCAAAUGGGAAGACGACCAGAUCGACGAGUUCUUUGCAUCUUUGUUGGGCCAGAAAGUCAGCAUGAAAGAGGACGUUUCUGACGACGAAGAAGAAGAGGAAGAGCCUCUUGUGGGAGACAACACCAUCAAGUUGUUCGGUUAA